UGCAACACUGUUUUCAUGCGGGAAAUGUCAAAUUCAGAAAUCUAAUACGGCAAUAGUAACACUGCGCUAGCCGCUGAUUGAUAGUCGGCAAUCCAAGUUCAAUUGAAUCAUACCUAAAGUCUGAAAUUAAACAAAUACUUUGAAGUGUGUGCAUUUAGAAAAACUUGUUGUUCUGAUGUGCUGUGGUUGUGUUUUGCUCCUAUUCUAACGGUUAUGCGAUAAAAUCCUGAACAGCAUGGUUUUUGGUGUAUAUUUACGGUUUUACUACGUACCUACGUAAGGUUAUUGGAUUGUAAUGAUACCAACAAGGACAUAGUUAGCGUGCAGCAGUAUCGGUCACGGGAAAAUGACAUCUUCAGGCGGAGCAAGUACGCAUCUCGGAAUGCAUUCGGCGAUGGCGAGCCAAAUAGGCCUCGGGGCCCCUCCGAAUGAGUUCGGUUUAUCGGUGGGUGUGCCAGCCCCGACUAUGGGUUAUGAUAUCCAAGCCACUCACAGCGGUGAUUCCUCGUCUGAUUCACAUUCUCCAGGUAUGCCCACUGCUAAAGCUAGCGACCGAGAAUCCCGUAUCAUUGCAGAAAAACAACGGCGGAGCCAAUACAACUCUCAAAUUGGUUUAAUUAUGUCUUUGUUGUCCGAUAUAGUGCACUCGCAACGCAAAGUUGAUAAGACGAGUGUGUUGAGACUGGCCGCUAAUAAACUCCGCAAUGAGCAUGUGUUUGGUGAUACAAUUAAAUGUGGACACAUAGAAACUUGGUCCUCUUCAUUCUUAAAGUUUUUCGAUCUGUUUGGCGGGAUUAUGUUUGGUGUCACGUGUCGCGGACGUUUGUUUAUCGUAUCGCCGAACGUGCAAGAGAAGCUGGGUUAUUGUCACAUAGAUCUACUUGGCCAAGACAUGUACCACUAUGUUCACCCAGAUGACAAGGAAACCCUCCGCCACCAUAUUUAUCCUCAAGAGCUACAGACUAGCUGUGACAGCAGGCUCUUUGAACAUCAUCAUAAUUUCCAUAUCCGCAUGAUGAGGGCCGGUGCCCGCUCAGACCCAGCUAGAUAUGAGAGGUGCCGCAUAGAUGGCAUUCUAAGGCGUUCUGAUAAAGCCACAUCAAAUGGUGUUCAGGAUGAGCAAAUUAUAAGAAGGCAAAGAGUAAGAACUAAUAGAACAUUUUCAUCCAGUGGGAAUGAUGUUGUUUUUAUUGGUAUGAUUCAUGUUCUAUCCAGUGCAAUGCCACCUCGAAUUCUACCCCCUACAGCCUAUUCAGAAUACUGGACGAGACAUUUGAUUGAUGGUCGUAUCGUUCAGUGUGACCAGAGUAUAUCAUUAGCAAUUGGCUACAUGACAGAAGAAGUUACUGGAACAUCUGCUUUCGUCUUCAUGCACAAAGAUGAUGUCCGCUGGGUAAUUUGUGUAUUACGACAAAUGUAUGAUGAGAGCCGGGAGUUUGGUGAGUCUUAUUACAGACUGAUGACACGAUCUGGCCACUUCAUAUAUAUGAGAACACGAGGGUUCCUUGAAAUUGAUAGAGCAACAAAAAAAGUUCAAAGUUUUGUAUGUGUCAAUAGUGUUAUUGGUGAAGAUUAUGGAUGUCGAAUGAUGGACGAAAUGAAAAGAAAAUAUUCAGUAAUUAUUGAUGUAGAUAAACAACAAACUGAACCGCCUCCCAUUGACGAUGCUCCUGUGGAACAUCCUAAACGCUUAGAGCGGAUUGUAAUGCACUUGGUGGAACCAUCGGUGAAUGAGAACAUUGAUGAGCUGCAACUUGUUCCACCUUCUAAAGAAAAUAUAAUUUCUGCAAUUCAAAAUAGUGAAAAAGUUGUUCAAGAAACUGGAGUGAGAUUUGAUUCAAGAAAGAGACGAAAGGUGGACUGUGAUGACAAUAGUGAAUAUUUAAAAAGACAUAGUGGGUUGCAAGAUGUUAAUGUUGAUCUGUAACUUUUGAAUAAGCUUUGUGAUGUCUGUUCCUAAGAUUGUUAGUUAAGUUUCCAAAAUGGUUAAUAUUACGUAAGUAGUUGGUAUAUUUGACCAAAUGUUUCAGAAUUAAACAUUUAUAAUGUAGUUCUAAUUGUAAGCAAACAAAACUGGACUGUGUGUAUAGAGUCCCACUGUGUGGGCAGACUUCAUUGACAAAAGGAUAUUCAGAAUUCCUGAAUGACUGUGCCUCCCUUAUCAAACCCCUUUACUGAACCAAGAAAACUUUAGGACUGAGUGUAGUAGCUAUGCUUUAUCAUUUGCCUAAAUCCUGUAUUGAUAAGUACAUUAAUAUUUCAUGUAAUUGACUGGAGAUGAUGCUUGUGAAGCAGAUAAUCUCAUCUGUUUUAUUAUUUGUAUACAUACCUACAUAUAAAUCGUAAAUUGAAUGCAUUCAUUUUUUUACUGGUUAUUCAGGUUUUUCCUGUAGGUACUUAAUAAAAAAUGUAAUAGAUUUUCUCAAAAAGAUGUCAAGGUAUGGGAUUAUUUUAAUAUAAAUUGAUUUUUUAAUAAGUAAAUGGCUUUAUAAUUUCAACACAGUUCUUAAUCAUUCAGAUUCAGACUUAUGUGUUAGACAAGAGCUGCUCAGAAAAAGGUUUCAUUUGCAAAAAUUUUGCAUGAACCAGUCUUGCCGUAAUGCAGCUUAAAUGAAAUUCAAAUUAGAUUUUUUAACCUAUUAACUUCGAAAAUAUAAAGAUGCUCCAUAUCAUAUUUAACAGCCCGAAAUUAAACAGAACCAUGUACGACAUUGUGAGUUGUCAAUACGAAAAAAUCACGGAGGGACCAUGUCGGGAUAAAGCUCAAUUAGUUAUUGUUUAGGAAUUAUUAUAAGUAAAGCACUGAUCACGGUUAAAAUGUCUGCAGCACUACAAAAACUUCGCGUAUUUUUCUCAUUCUGCAAAACUAAACGGAUUGUUACAAUUGUUGUUACAAUCGAUAUCAGAAAAUUCAAUAACAAUACUUUCCUGUUGUAUUGAUAAACUUUCAUUUCUACGUUUAUAAUGGGUCAAAAUAGGUCUCAUUUCAAAGUUUCGCGAAGAAAUGGCUUUUAUUUUUUCUAAGUCAAUAUAUAAAAUUGCACGUGACUGUAAGUUAUAUUUUUCUCUCUGACACUCACGGGAGUUCGUGCUUAUUACUUUAGAAUACACUGUCCUUGAAAUUUAUUCAAAAAUUUGUGUGAAUCCGGAAAAGAGUAGGUCCUAUCUAUAGAAAUGCUAGACAUAACAAACUUUCAGCUGUUAUUUUUAUAUUCAAUCGUGGUUAUGCCCCUGCUUUUCACGAGUACAUAUAUCUAAUCAAUUAAACAUUGAUAGUAGAGUAGGUUACAUAUAAAUAGUAUUUUUCCUUGUCAAGGGAAUGUUUUAUUUGUUUACAUCGGCUUACCACGGUUAUGUUGUAGAUUGAUAUUGCGUGUAACUGCACUGAGCGACGAUCGUUUAACUACUGCAGUACGAUCAAUAAGGGUAAUUGAUGAUUUGCAGCAAUUGCAG